AUGUCCGUGGACCAGGGUCAGUCGUCCCAACAAUGCACAGAAAACCUGAUUCCAUUCGGAGCAGAACUGCCUGAGACGGCAUGGGCACACCGCUUGGCUCGUGGGGCUGCCCUGAAGUGGGCAUCAGGGAUGUUCUGUCAGCCCCGACAUUUAGAGCAACUCGGCCAGUACAAGAAAAGAGAGAGUCAGCGUACCACCUUCAUAUACACCAGACUUAAGGCCAUGGUCCAGUCGUACAUAGAUGGAGUUGGCUGGGGUGUGGAGAAGCUUCAUGGAGCCAGGGCUGCUCUCUCUGAGGGGACCCAUCUUCUGAAGAAGGCUGAGCAAGACAUCAGGUGGAACACACGCAGGGGAGAGUGUUUAGUGAAGCUCCAGGAGGUCUCUGUCAGACACACUCAGCUUGUAGCAGCUGUCCACAACCUGCCGCACCUCUACUCAGUGCACAGCAUGGUGCUGGAUACAGAGCGCCUGGUGGAGUCUCGCAGGCUACUAGAGGCUCAUGCCUGUUUGAUGGAGCUGGAGCGCUGGACGGAUGACAUCCUUUGGCAGCUACAAGGAAAGGUCCCAUGUGCGGAGGAUCAGCAGCUAGUAUCCGAUUACUUCAGCGGAGUCAGGACACUUGUGGAUGCUCUAGGGAGAGAGCUCUGGGCCGUGGUCAGCAGUGCUCUGACGUUAGCCGUGCAGAACCCUACACUGUUUGUGUCAGCAGUGCGAAUCGUGGAGCGAGAGGAGGCCCUGGAUCAGACCCUGAGGGAAAGGGCCAGAACAGGAGCCCGCCCACUGCCACCAGGCCGGCCACGCUGCUGGAGAGCCAACUUCUUCGAAGUUCUGAAAGAAGCAGUUUCUGCCCGCUUCCGUAAUGUUUCGUACCUGCACACCCGAGGUCCUGGUCUGGCUGGUCAUCUGUCUGCUCUUCAACACAGCAUCAUGGCUGAUGUGGCUACAGUGAGGCACCAGCUGGAACACUGUGUGCCUACCCACUAUCGCUUAACAGCAGCCUACCUCAGGGCCAGCCAUCAGUGCUUACAGGCCCAUCUGAGACAGGUCAUUAGUUGGGACCUUGAAAGUGGGGAGCUGUUUUCUGUGCUGUAUUGGGUGCUGCACACUUACCCCAGUGCAGAAAUGAUGGGUCACCCUGAGCUGGCGUCUCUGAUGGACCAGGACGAGUUGGGAGCACUCGUGUCCACAGAAGCACUGGAGGAACUGCAGAAGAAAUAUGUGAACAGCGUCCAUACCAGCGUCUGUGAGUGGAUGCACAAAGCUCUGCAGGUGGAGCUACAGGACUGGCACAGAGAGCAGGAGCCAGACACGGACCAUGAGGGAUUUUACCACACCAGUUUACCAACAAUAAUAAUCCAGAUGCUGGAGGAAAACUCGAGAGUUGCUCUGAUGAUUGGGCCACGUUUACAAGAGCGGAUCAUUCAGAUGGGUCUGCAGGAGAUGGAGGUCCUUCUGAACAGAUUUCGAGAGGCCUUAGUGGAAGCUGGAAAGAAACAUCGAACAGGUCAAACCCAAGAGAAGUUCUUCCUGAAUUACCUGCUGGCCUCCAUCAGCAAUUUCAUCAUCCUCAAUGACUUUGAGCAACUGCCGGACGAUGUCCCGGUCACUGCCACCAUCGCUGACGUGGAGGAGAAGAAGGGCUUUAUUGACUAUUAUGUGUUUGUGACGGAGGUGAAGACCAAAGGAGGGAGUAAGUACCUGAUCUACAGAAGGUACAGGGAGUUCCUGCAGCUGCAUCAGACGCUCGAGUCGUCCACAGAAGGAGCUGAGAGACCGACCUCGGGACCUCAGGGUCUACCCAGCCUUCCAGGCAAAGUUUAUAUCGGGAACAAGCGAGAUAUUGCUGAGAGCAGGAUUCCUGAGCUCAACAUAUACAUGAAGAAGCUGCUGGCUCUCCCGUGGCUGCUCCUGGAUGAAGCUCUGAGGAUGUUCUUUUAUCAGAGCCAAGUGGACCAAGAGCAGCAGCCGCGAGCACUGCGCAGACUGAGGCCGCCCACACGCAGAGUUAAAACAGUCAAAGAGAAGAUGGACUUGUUGUCGUCCCCACGAGCCGAGGUGCUGUUUGACUUCCGCGGCAGUGGAGAAGCCGAGCUGAACCUGACCCGGGGCCAGCUGGUCUACCUGCUCCGCAGCAUCAACAAGGAUUGGCUGGAGGGCACAAUUAAUGAGCAGACCGGCAUCUUCCCACAAUCCUUUGUGAAGAUCAUCAAGCCCCUCCCCCCCUCUGACUGUGACAGUGAGGGAGAGGGAGGCCACGCCUACAGCUGCCUGCGCUGUUUCCUCCUGCGGCCUGAAGACACAGACACCAGAGAUGUGUGUGUGCAGGAGCAGCUGGGGAGUCAGCCUGCGUACCAGGAUCUGCUGUCCCGUAUGAAGACAGUGUUUCAGGAGGAGGACAUCGCUCUGAACUACAAGGACCAGGACGGGGACCUGGUCCGGAUCCUGGACGAUGAGGACGUGCAGCUGAUGAUUGGACAGAGCAGACUCCGCCCACAGGCACAUGACAGGCCUGUGAACCAGUUCCCCUGGGAGCUCUACGUGAGCCUGGGCCCCGACCUCUCUGUGUACAGCCACAUGUGUGUCUAA